AUGAGUUCUUCACAGGCUGUGUGCGAGUCCGCCCUGGAGCAGGCCGUUAUUAGCAAGAAUAAGGAGUUUCUGUAUAAGUUUGUGGAGCUCCAGGAAGAUGCCCAAGCAAAGAUGAUUUCUGGGAUUUCCGAGGGAUCAGUCAUUCCCUUGCUGGAAGUUCUGACUGAGCUUUUUGAGAGCAAGGAGAUGCGGUACGAAGUGCUCCUGUGCAUUCGGGCGGUGCUUUCCUGCAGGAGAAACACUCUGAAGAGCGUGGCCGUGGAUGUCGUGAAAAAGGAGGGGAAUGUGUACUCCUCGGACAUGGCGAGCAGAAGCGAUGCUUUGAAGCGGAUACUCAUCUCCAUAAGCAAGGAGAAAGUAGACCUCAACAAAGUGUACGAGCUCAAAGGGAGAAUUGCCUUCGUAAAAGAGGCAAUUGAGGAGCGAGAAGAUGCGAAGGAGAAUGUGCCCGUGUGCAGAGAGCAGUGA